CGCGCGUUGUUCUUCCGCUCACUAAGUUUGGCCUCUACAGCAGCCGUCACUCUCGGGCGCGGAGAUAGCUGGGAAAAGGCACCAGCCUCACACAGACCUCCGAUGUUUGUCUCUGCUGCCGCGUGCCGCAGAUUGGAUUGGCAAUCACUUUCAACGUUUUGGGGGAGCUGUUUCUUUUAGUUGUUAGUCUUAUAACGAUCUGAAGAUAUUUCCUGGAUGUGGACUGUAAUUUUUCAAAACCACUGUGUGGCAAAAGCAGUGUAUGGCAUUUGUGAAAAAUGUUUGGGAGAUUGACUCUUCCACAACUGCUUUUUGCUAGCAUCCUUGGAAUUGCUGGAGGACUGUAUAUUUAUCAACCAAUAUUUGAACAGUAUUACCGAGAUCAGAUGGAAUUAAAAGAAAAGUUGAAAUUGGCACAAGAAUCAGAAGAGAAGAAAAGUUAAUACUACAUGGAGUUAAACUAUGAUAAAAUGACUAUGGGAUGAGCUGAAGUGAUGUGAGUGACGUAGGCAUUGCGAUGCAGCCUUAGGCAGCUACUGGCCUUCCGAGGAAUCGUCAGCGAUCCGUGCGCUUCCGGACCACUACUGACCCCAGGUACUGAAGCCCCGGAAAGCAAAGCAAUGGGUGCGGUGGGGAGUGUACGACUGUAUUUUGUAGGAAUUUAUCUUUAAAAUUUUAUCAAGGUUAUACAUGGACAUAGUGCUACAGGCCUGUUAACAAAAAACCAUUAGUCUCCUCCCCCAGCUCAUUUCCUGCUGCGCAGAGACAACUGCUUUCAAUUCUUGUAAUUAGGUGACUCUUGCUGGAAGUACAUCCCUUGUCUGUAAAUGACAUACUGAUAUUUCUAUGGUCGAGUUUCAGUUUUAAGCAUUAUUUAAAUGCCCAUGCCUAGACACUUCACCAUGGAAGAGGAGAAUUUUAACUCAUUUCCCCCACCUACCUCACCACACGUGUAUCCAUUUCCGUCCCCCUGUCUCAAGUUAUGUCAUAGUUUUAGUUAGAUCAGUACGUCCUGGGCUGCUUGUUUUUAUCUUUAGGUCUUCUCUCCGGGGCUGGGCGGAUUCUCCAGAGAACAUCUGAACCACCUGCCUGUGGAGAAUGCGAAGUUCCGGCGUGUGGGUGGGGGUGGGGGCAUCUUAGUAUUGAGAGCAUUGGGAUCUAAGCAGACUUCCGCUAUUUUUAGCCUUGACUUUACCCUCCUCUCACCUCCGGGAGUGUUUGGAGUGUUUGAAUGCCCGAGCCUUUCUGCAGAUUCUGUGAUGAGUUGCUUUUUGGCUUUCCCCAGUGGCAGGUAAAGAGUCGUCUUCUCCAG